AGCACAGAAAGUGCUGUUCGUGUUGUAAAAAUAUGGUCAACUGAACAGCCAUACCAGCAGAAACACCCUGUACUGCUGAAAAAUUGAGGCACAGCCUUUUGGUAAGAUAAGAUAAACGGUGCGCAAGGGCGCAGAUAGCGCGGCGAGUUCACAUACGUUUACACCUGACACUUUCGGUUAGUAAGCCAUUGACACUGUUAGAGAGUGUUUACGCAUCGCAGUUCCAAUCAUAGCAUUCCUAGUGUCCUUCCUGUUUGUGCAACUGCGUUCGAACACCUCCGGAUGGAGGCAUAACGUGGAUAGUUAGACCAACCUGACGAGAUACCAUGAUUCGACCAGCAUCCUUACUGAGAGCGAACGACGAGUCGCAACCGCGCAUCGAGGCUCGCGCCAGUAACAUCGAGCAAGAUUCCAUCGAUUGCGGGGUAACGGCGUGUUCCUGCUGCAAUGGACCCGGUUGCCUGCGGUUGGGUACCUCGACCAUGUUCAUCGUCGCCCUUUCGAUCGUGACGUUCGUGAGCGGCGGUAUCGAGGGUUACUUCCGGUUAGCUGCACACCAGGCCGCCAUCGAGCUAAACUUCGAUCCGAUCGCGCUCGAUUGGCUACUGGUGACGGCCGGCAUUGCCCAGGGUGUGUUCGCAGUGCUGAUCAGUUACUGGGGUAACCGACUGCACCGCAUAUCCUGGCUGGGAGGCAUCUUCAUGCUGCAGGCCGUUACACUGAUCGUGUUGAUCAUACCGACGCUGACGCACAAUUCCGAUGAGAACAGUACCAUCGAAGCGCCACAAAUGGACAAACUUUGCCGGCUGGAGGAAUCAGCAAAGCUGGUUGCGGAUCAACCGUACGCCAUCACGACACUCGUGCUCAUGUUUAUCGCCCAGCUUCUGAUUGGCAUUGCGAAUGUGGCCAUCUACUCGCUCGGCAUCAGCUAUCUGGAUGACAAUGUUCGGGAGCAUCACAGCCCCGGUUUGGUAGGCUGUGCCAUCGGUGCUCGUAUCUGGGGUACCCAGUUGGGGUUGGCGGUUGGAUUGGUGGUCGGUGCCACGACACUUAGCUGGUGGCUCGGAUGGGCCAUCCUUGCACCGAUCACGUUUCUGGUCGGUUUCGCUAUCUCGCUCUUCCCCAAGCGACUGCUGGCGACGAUGGUGCGCCAGGCGGCCGACGAUAUUAUCGAGACGGCCACGAGUAACAGCGCUCAAUCGCUCACCACCCUGCCCGACAAGUGGCUCGCGGACAUUACCCUGUGGGCGACGUUGAAGCGAGUGUUCUCGAACAAGAUACUGAUCUGCAACGUGCUGGCGCUGGUGUUCAUUCAAACUGGCUUGGUCAAUUUUCAUGCCCACGAGCAGUCCUACCUCCAGUCGCGCUUCUUCCUUCCCACGUCGCACGCUGACGGUGUUAAUGAUGAGUGGACAUCGCGGCUCAUCACCAACCUGCUGAAGCCUCCGGUGGUUGCCCUGACCGUCGUCGUAGCAGCACUCGUCAUUGCGAAAGUCAACCCUUCGGCAAGGAAACUGGCCGGAUGGAACAUCUUUGUAGGAAUACUGUCCGUUGGGCUGUUCAUAGCAUUCAUUUUCAUCUCUUGCGAAGAGGAACAGAUUGCGGGGGCAUAUCGCGGUCGAAAGCUGAUCAAACCGUUCUGUGCCUCGAACUGCGUUUGCGCGGAAAACAUCCCAUUCACACCGGUCUGUCCACAGGAUAGUCGGUUUACGUACUUCUCACCGUGUCACGCCGGUUGCCAGGAUCGGGAGGAGAUCAACAAUGUGGUGACCUACCGUAACUGCACGUGCGGCGUUGAUCUCGACAUCGUUUCGCCCGGUGAGCUGGCGACGGAAGGUGCUUGCGGGAUUGGGGAUUGUCAGCAGCACUGGAUCGUGUUCCAGGUGUUGACCGUGAUCGUAACGAUGCUGCUUGCAUCGGGUUUAGUUGGCAAGGUGAUCAUCACCUUACGAUCGGUGCUGCGCCAGGAUAAAGCGAUGGCAUUGGCCGUCGAGUUGACACUGGUCGGGCUGGUCGUGUAUCUGCCUGGGAUGGUGAUUUAUCAGGUGGUGGCAACACACACGUGCCAGUUUUGGUCGAGUGAUGAGCGACAAUGCUUCCUGCACGAAACGCCAACAUUCGGCAAUAUCCUCAAUAUGAUAACGGCUGCCUUCAUCCUCAUUGGGCUCAUCUUCGAGAUGGUUGUGUUCUACUUCGUCAGCGACAUGACACUGUAUGGUGAUGAUCCGGAUGAUGGAUAUCGAUCCGUUGAGAUGCAUCGUUUCAUGGCUCCAGCGCGGACACUUACUCAAACAGAGCUGGUACCGCUGAAUGGCGGUACCGCGGAUACGGUAGAUCGGUCCACCGUUUCGGAUACGAUCGUUCAAUCGGCUACACUUGUCGCCGACGAAGGACCGUUGCAGCAAGUGGAAACAAUCCAGAGCACACAGCCCUCCUAUGCGGCACGAUCCGUUUCACCGCUUGCCAGGGCGUCCGCCAAUUACGCCCAGGUCGUAAGACAACUACCGACACGGGAGGAUUCCAGCGAUAUUGAUGAACAGCUUGAUUUCCGCUCGGCUACCAGUCUUCCCCGAGGACAGAGCGAUACCGAAGACGAUAAUGAUCGCCAGCAGCAAGCGCCGCGGUCAUACUUAACUCCCAUGGUCAAUGGUCCCACCAGUACCGCUGCGAUAAGGGAUUACAUUAACCAGCGGAGUGGAGGAUUGGCGGAUGUGCCAAGCUCUCCGGAGAGCCAGAAUUCCUCGCAACGUUUCGAUGCGUUACGAACACGUAACGCCGUACGGCGACCGAUGAGUCCUGAGACGGACUUUUGAGAAUAGGGAAU